UCCGCUUUCGCUUCCGGUGCCGUCGCCGCGUGCGCUUCCGGUGCCGCCGCCAUGGCUGCUCGGACGCUGCUGCGAGCGGCGAGGGUGGCGCUGCCCGGUCCGGCCCGCGGCUACGCCAAGAAACCAGCUCUGAAAUCCAAGGGCAAGGUGGUGCCGAAGGAGGGGCUCGCAGCACCGGAGGUGUGCACGGACCCCACCAUGCUUGCCACCCACGCCGUGGGAGUCAACUACUUCAAGGAGGGCCCGGAGGUGACCCUGAAGCCCGACUCCGAGUACCCUGACUGGCUCUUCAAGAUCCACCUUGGCCCCCCUAAGAAGCUGGAGGAGCUCGACCCUGACUCAAUCGAGUACUGGAGGCGCCUGCGGAAGUACGACACGUGGCGCCGCAACAGGCUGAAGAAGGGCAAGAAGUUCUAGGCACUGCAGAACCGGGGACAUGGGGGUGGCCCAGAUGCUGGGCCCAGCUCCUGCUUUUGUUCUCUUCUUCUUGCUAUAGACUGGCAAUAAAUCUGUGGUGAGGCCAAUA